UGGGUGUCGGGCGUCUCAUGGGUCCUAAGGGAGUUGCCGUGGACCGGAACGGACACCUGAUCGUUGUGGACAACAAGUCCUGCUGCAUCUUCAUCUUCCAGUCCAAUGGGAAGUUAGUUGGGAGGUUCGGAGGCCGUAAUCCAGGGGACAAGCAGCAGACCGGGAGCCUAGAUGGUCCCCAUUUUGUGGCCGUCAAUAACAAGAAUGAGAUCAUAGUCACUGAUUUUCACAACCACUCAGUGAAGGUGUACAGUGCAGAAGGAGAGUUCCUCUAUAAGUUCGGUUCUCACGGCGAGGGGAACGGUCAGUUUAACGCUCCCACUGGAGUCGCCGUGGAUUCUAAUGGAAACAUCAUUGUGGCCGACUGGGGAAACAGCCGGAUCCAGGUGUUUGACAGUUCCGGCUCCUUUCUGUCCUACAUUAACACGAUGGCCGACCCGUUGUACGGUCCGCAGGGGCUGGCGCUCACCUCUGAUGGUCACGUGGUGGUCGCCGACUCUGGGAACCAUUGCUUCAAGGUGUACAGGUACCUGCAGUGAUGGCGGUGGAGGCCCCGCACCGUGUACAUGACGUCUUCUGCCCGCUCUCCGUGUGGUGUUUCCUUUGUCCUCGUGCCAGACGCUGCGGCGCCCCCCGUCUUCUGCCAAAUGACUCCGCUCAGCACAAUGGAGCCUGCCGCCCCUCUUCCGCUUCCUUCUCCCCGCGCUCUAAUCUCUCUGUGCUGUGGACGCUGCUCAAUGUUUACUCGGUGUGAGAGGAUGGCGGACUGCGCUGCAAAGCGCGGUGACAAUGAUGGUGGACUGCGCUGGACGGCGGUGCCAAUGAUGGUGGCUCUCUUGUUUUUGCACUGAUUACUUAUUAUGAUGGAAUUGGACAUUUCCCAGAUGGUCAGUGGUCACAUGACAGAGGGGGGGGGAGGGGUCAUAGCCUUGAAUGUAACCCCCCCCCCAGAGGUAAACAGGGUCUCGGCUGGUUACAGGGUUUCCCAGCAUGCCGUUCUUAUAAGCUCCGCCUCUGUGCUCAUCGCCUCCUCUGUCACCUCCUUGUAUGCGGUCGUGUCCAGGAGGCUACGGAAGCCGCGGUGUAGCGGUGACGUGUGACCGCCCCCGAGACCGGUCCAUUAUUUCUGUAACUUAUCAUUUCAGCUCUGUGUGAUGCGGUGCAGACCCCACCAGGCCGGCGGUUACAUCCGUGUGCCAAAUACUGCAGGUGCGGUUCCGCCUGUGCCACUAUGCUGUGGGGGGGGGGGGGGUCUGCUGUCUGCGUCCCAGGGGGGUUUAUAUUUUUUAUUAUUUUUCUACUUUAUUUUCACUGUAUUUGUAUUUUAAGUUUUUUACGUUUAUUUUGUACGCACUGUGGUGAAUGUAACUUCCUGCUUCUCGCCGCGUCACGAGCGCAAAAAAACCAGCAAGGAUUGUCCGAGCCGCGGAGGAGAUGGUGUGGAGCCCAGUAAGUGACAAGGGGGCGGGAGGGAUAUGAAUGUGCAGAUGUAGCAGAGCCGGAGAUGUCGUUACGGCCGUGUGUUGCCUUCACAGCUUCUACGUGGUGAUAUCCAUGAUGUGCUCAGCUCUGCUGUGCGUGGAAGAUCUGAGGCUGCGCUGGGUGCACUCAGCUACAUCCUGAUGCUGCGCUGGGUGCACUCAGCUACAUCCUGUUCCUGCUAUCCUUUGUUAUAUCUGAUUCCAAUUCUGCUCAGACCUGAAGCAGAAGCCAGAUCCUGACACAGCUCCCCCUCCCUACACAGAUCACAGAGGAUGCCCACUACACUCCCCCACAGCAGUCUACUUGUCAUACCAGCUCCCCCUCCCUACACUGCUCACAGAACAUGCCCACUACACUCCCCCACAGAAAUGUAUUGGUGAUAAUACCAGCUCCCCUCCCUACACAGAGCAUGCCCACAAAACUCUAUAGGUGAUGGUUACACUCUCCUUCUACUGAUGCUACACUCUCCUACAGAAAUUAAAAGUUUAUAAUCCCUGUUUCCCUCCAUACACAGAGCAUUCCCACAAAACUCUACUAUACAAGUCAGUAGGUAAUCAGAGCUCCCUUUUGCACAUAUUAUGGAGCAUGCCCACAACACUCUCCCACAGAAGUCUAUAGGUGAUAGUUCCAGCACCAUUUGCUGUAUGAAUCAGAGCAUGCCCACUACCCUCUUCCACAGAAGUUUAUAGGUAAAGAAAUAUAAAGUGCUGGCGCUAAAUACAGGGACUGAUUG